UAAGCAGAAUCUGUACUAGUGGCAUGCACAAAUUGGCUCUCGCUCAGAAGAAAAGAUAUUGAAUUUGAACGCGGAUUAGGUAUGAUGAUCGGAUCCCAUGAUACCUGGUGAAAUGUGGCAAAAGAUGGGUUGCGGGAAGCAUGUUGAGACAGUCCUUAUUGAUACUUCCUCAGACACACAAUAUACUAAUUACAUAUUUUCCUCCUCCAUGUUCUCAACCACAUCUACAACCCCGACACACGCCACAACCCCCCUCUCCCCAACACUUUCCCAGAUCACUUCCCUCUCCCUCCUCCUUAUUAUCUCUUCCUCUUCCUUAGCCUUAACCAGCUCCCGCACUUCUUCCUUCAAAACUUCAUCAGCACCUUCUUCAAGCUGUUUCACUAGCGCCUGAGCGCUCCUCUCACUCCUAAGCUCCGCCUUGCGCUUCCACCUCAACGGGAACUUCCCG